AUGUCCAACCAUCGGAGCAACCCUUCUGCGAACCUAAACCAGCCAGCAUUGCGCCACAGACCCAGUUUCACCAACGUGGAAGCUGGUUCCGAACAACAGGACAUGUCCCCGGCGCCUCUCGACUCUAGGGCCGUAUCGUCAUCUUUGGACAGUAUUCAUAUAUCUCCUCGCACACCCACCGCAAUGAGAGCAGCGCGGAGAUCUGCAGACACGGAUGAGGGUGAGGAGGUCGAGCUUACCUUGUUGGAUGAUGACGAGAGAUCGAGAGCUGCGCGAGGUUUGAGCGACGUGGAUUCUUUAGGCCACAUUGAUGGUCCCAAACCAAAACGUUCUUUGUCUGUUAAAGAUAGAAAGGCUAUGGUCCUUUUGAUUAUUCUAUACCUAAUUCAAGGAGUCCCUUUGGGUCUUGCCCUAGGAUCCGUGCCAUUCCUUCUUCGAGAACAUCUAUCUUACUCCCAACUCGGCGUGUUUGCCCUCUCAAACUAUCCAUAUUCACUAAAGUUACUAUGGUCUCCCAUCGUGGAUUCCAUAUUCAUCCCUUCACUUGGUCGUCGAAAAUCAUGGAUUAUACCAAUGCAGCUAAUUAUCGGCACUAUGAUGUUAUACAUCUCACUCAAUGUGCAGAAAUUAUUAGACAAUCCAGGAGAUAAUUUAUAUGAGCUGACUUUCAUAUUUACCUCUUUGGUCACAUUUUCUGCUACCCAAGAUAUUGCUGUUGAUGGUUGGGCAUUGACACUACUGUCGCAGGAAAACCUGUCGUAUGCGUCUACUUGUCAGACAAUUGGCCUGAACUCGGGUUUCUUUGCUUCUUUUACCGUUUUUCUUGCCUUCAACAGUGAAGCUUUCGCCGAGAAGUGGGGUAUUCCACGUCUGACAUUGAGCACAUACCUCAAAUUUUGGAGUGUCAUCUGCUAUGGUGUCACGUUUUGGCUCACCUUCUUUGAGAAAGAGGGUAAAGAAUCUAUCGAAGAUUCUGAAAUGACCAUCAGCUCCGUGUACAAGACAAUCUGGAAUAUCUGUAAACUAAAACACAUUCAAGCGCUCAUAAUCAUGCAUUUCUUCGCAAAAGUUGGUUUCCAGGCCAAUGACGCGGUGACAGCGCUAAAGAUGGUGGAGAAAGGUCUUGGACGGGAAGACCUGGCUAUCGCUGUUCUGAUCGACUUUCCUUUCCAAAUUGUUGGCGGGUGGCUUGCUGCACAGUGGUCUUCUGGCAACACACCUCUCCGUCCCUGGGUCCUUGCAUUCUGGCCGCGUUACUUUUUUGUCGUCCUCACCUUGUUCAUCGUAUACUAUUUCCCUCAGCCUCCAAUCUCUAGGAGCUUCUUUAUCUUUUUAGUUAUCCAAACGGUGUUACAGUCCUUUGCAACCACGAUACAAUUUGUCGGCAUAUCGGCGUUCCAUACUAGAAUAUCUGACCCACUCAUUGGUGGGACAUACAUGACGUUGCUUAAUACGUUUACAAAUCUCGGAGGCACCUGGCCCAAAUAUUUUAUUUUGAAGGGGGUGGACUACUUUACGGUGGCGACGUGUAGGGUUGACGAUGACUUGCUUGUGAAAGCCUCAGAGUGCGUUUCCGAUCACGGUAAAGCUCUUUGUGCGGACAUCAACGGGGAAUGCAUCACUGAACGUGAUGGGUAUUACUGGAUUUCGGGUUUCGGGCUGGCGUUUGGCAUUGUGUUCCUCAUUGGGUACGUGAUACCCACAGCACGCAGACUUCAAGGUGAGGCAGAGCAGAUUUCUAAAUCUGCGGACAUGGUUGCUAACCGAGUGCGGCGUCCAGCUCUUCCUGUGCAGGCGUGGAGGGUGCAUAAUGAAUAA